AGACCUGGAACUGGACUCAUCCGAGUUUGGAGAAAACUCUGAACUUUAGGUGUGUGACAUUUUCUUUUCCUUUCUGCCUGUUUCUCAUCAUGUAGCCCAUCUCUCGUCCCUUGCUUCCUGUCCCUGUCUCUCUCUCUCACUGUUAUGUCAAGUAGCGGGCCUGCUUUCUGUCCCUUCACUCUCCUUGGGUUUCAAUUCCAAACAUGGUUAUCCUUUUAUGGCUCUAUCGGGGUCCCCUCCCUUAUCCCUUCUUCUCCAUCUGUUGGCUCCUCAGUGCGGGCCGGUGGCACUGAGCGAAAGGCGGGGAAGCGAAGACAAGGGCAGAGGACAGAGGAAGGGGACUCGCGAUGAGAGGAGGAGGAGGACAGACCCAUUCCAGCUGUGUUUCUGGAGCAAACAGAGCCGUGAGAACUUCUUCACAUUGAAGAAUUUUUCCACUGCACGGCAAGGGAACAAACUUUUUUUUAAUAUAUAUUUAUACUCAGAAUCAGCUGUUUAUUUCCUAUUACCCAAACUCUGCAGCUUGGAGCUCUUCAGACUCUUGAGUGUCUCGGAAGUUAUUUCAGUGUCACUGUUUCCGUUAUUUGUUUUGAGCGUCCAACCAAACUGCAAACAUGAGCGCGGAUAACUCGACCCUGUGGGAUGGCUUGUUUUCCCCGCCGGAGUGCGGCGGCUGGAGCAACAACACCGAGGGGGCCAUCUACCACCUGGGCAACACCAUCCUGUUUCUGGGCUACAUGGGAGGCAGCGGGGCCUUUGGCGCCCUCUUCAUCUUCGGCUUCCUGUCACCCGCCUUCCUGUGCCUCACCCUGUGGGGCUGGCUGACCGUGUGCGGCCUGGACGUCGUCUCCUGGAGCCUGCUGCAGCUGGCGGCCGCCCUGCUGCAGAUCUGCCACCUCCUCUACCGGCUCCACCAGGAGGGCCUCCGCGGCGAGGAGCUGACCUCCCUCUACCGGGCCGUCUACCUGCCGCUGGGCGUGCCUGUCCAGGUGUUCAAGGACAUCGCCAAGGCGUUCAAGAACAAGGUGGUGGAGCUGAAGGCCGGAGAGACGUACGCCCUGGAGGGCAAGACGUACAUCAACCAGCUCUCCUUUCUGCUGUCUGGGAGGAUCAAUGUGUCUUUGGAGGGUCAGUUCCUGCAUUACAUUCACCGGCACCAGUUCCUUGACUCCCCUGAGUGGGAGUCUCUCAGACCAAAUGAAAAAGGAAAGUUUCAGGUGACGCUGACGGCAGAAGAGGACUCCCGCUACGUCUCGUGGAGUCGCCGCCGUCUCUACAUGCUGAUAUCAAAGGACCGCUACAUUGACUACCUCUUCUCCGUCAUGCUCGGCUACGACAUUUCCGAAAAGCUCUACAACCUCAACAACAAGCUCUACAUAAAGAGCGGCGUGCUGCUGGACAUCCGCCUACCGAGCCUCUACCACGUCCUGGCGCCUUCCUCGCAGGGCAGCGACGGCGGCAGCGGCAGCGACGGCAAAGAACAACACAGCCAAGACCCUGAACCACCCUACCAGUCGUCUCACCCCGGACCGUCUCAGGCCCUCAGACCUGACCAACAGGGACCAAGGACAAGCCAGGUGUCCGCUGAGGACGGUCCCGAUCACCGCCCCUGGGCCACAGACCCGGAGACGCCAUCUGGAAGUGACGGUGAUGGGAAUUUACCUCCUCGGUUCCAGAGACGCAGAGCUCCUCUGGCUCCCACCGACACGCCGAAGCUGUGAAGCCAGCUUCUUCUUCUUCUGUCUUCGGUGCAGCAGAAUGAAGCAGACUCUUGCUUCAGCCCCAAACGUGUGGCACAUCUCAUCUUUAUUUUAUCCUGCAUCGUUUUGCCGAAUGAUGCUGCCCGUACUGACAACAUGCACGUUCCCAUCACCCUAACCACGCCACAUUAGUCUCCCGUGUCACAUUUAAAAGAAAAUUUGAACUAACUGAGGUACUGUUUAGAUUAUUUUAUUUUCAAAUUAUGCUAGCGAACUCUUUAUCAUUUUUAAGUGGAUUUAGGUUAAAUGAAAACCAUCUAUUUACACCCACUGCAUAAAAAAAUUGUUUCCUCACUCUGAA